CCCCGCGCGGCGCCGCCCCCUCAGCGGCCACGUUGACAGGGCGGGCGUGGGCCGUGUUCGCCGGGCCGCGUCGGGGUGCGGGACGCUGUGCGGGAGCGGGCCGCUGCCACAGUAAAAAUGUCUUCGCCUCCCAAAGAGAAAGCAGAGACGCGGGCCGGACACCCUCCUGCUGUGAAAGCUGGUGGGAUGCGGAUUGUGCAGAAACACCCACAAAAUUCAGAUGCCAAAGAAGAAAAAGAUAAGGAUGACCAAGACUGGGAAACCAGCAGCCCAACUAAGUCAGCGGUGUUCAUCUCUGGUGUCAUUGCUAGGGGUGAUAAAGACUUCCCUCCAGCUGCAGCUCAGGUGGCUCAUCAGAAACCACAUCCUUCUGUGGAAAAGCUUCCUCACCCGCAGCACGUCAAACAGCACAUCCACCAGCCUCGCAAAUGAGCUCCCUGUCAGGAUCACUGCCAACCUGCUCUCAGUGAAUGUUUUCAGGAGAAGACAAAAACCCUUUAGUAUUCACACUGUCAAAUCUGUAAAAUUGACAUCUAAAAUAAUACACUGUUUCUUUUACUUUAAUUCUGAAGGGUUAAUAAGAAUGAAGACAUUGUUCAGUUGUUAUCCCAGAUGGAAAAUUCUGUAUUGAGUAUUUGCUGAUCAGGGGUGCUUUUUCUAAGAUUUUCUUAUUGCCAAGCUAAAAACUUCAGUAUGAAUAAUAUGAUUAAUGGGCUUAAAAUUUGUGCUUUUAGUUGUGGACUCACAAUAGCAGAUAGUUGAUGUAGUUUUUAUGCUAAGCCAGUAAGGAAGAACAGCCCUUUUGUAUGGUACCUUUACUGUCUGGAGGGAGCUUGUUGGGUGUGUUGAGACAGAAGUCAGUGGAUGCCUUGAUUAUGUAGAACCCUUGCAGCCUUCAGUAUCCUACACUGCUACAACCCAGUGCCCUCUGGAUUCAACCAGGGAGAUGAUGAUAGGGCCCCCAUACAUUCUCAAGUGGGCAGAGAUCCAAUUAAAUCUUCUUUACACUCUUUUGCACUCACACAGUCUUGCUGAGAUUUUUCCCUCUCGUUGUCUGUGGGAAUGAAGAGGAGAGAGAAAUCAGAAUUGUAAGAACACUGCUGUAGAAAACUAAUUUGUAAUCUCAUGGAUCUCACUGGGGGCUGUGUUUUUGAGGUGAUGAUUUCACAUUCCAAUAACAAGCUGAAGGAGUUCAUGACCCUCUGUAUUGAACAUAAAGUAAGUUGGUAAAAAAUCCUUUUUAACUUAGAAUUUGAGAUCACCUUCUGAAAUUAAGAGGUACCAUUAGUAAAUAUGUUUAUGAUCCAAUCUCUUUUGUACAUCUUUUUUUUUCCUAGUCUUCUUAUUCUGAAAUACAGUUGUGAUGUGAGGGAGUAAAAGGAAAGUUUUUCCAAAUAAAGCAAUCAUUUUAUUUUUACCAGAUAAUUAAAUCAUUUGGUUUGUCAGUUCAAAAUCACUUAGCUCUAUCAUUUUCCUUACAUAACUCACCUCUGUAAAAACCAGGAAAAACAUUUUAUACAUGCUACCUAUUUUAAAGUGUUCAUCUGUUUUUAACUGACUAUAAAUACAAUACUGCCUUUGGUAGCCUCAGGGUUUAUAAAGUUUCUAAUGAGGUCAAAAAAGUGGGAGCUAAUGUUGCAGCCAUUCACCUGGCAAAUCAGUGACAUUUUAGGUUCACUUGGGGCUUUACCAGUUCAUUUAUGGUUAAAAAACAAUGAGGAAAGUUUAAAAAUUAUUAUUUUUGAAAAUUCUGCAGAUUUAAUAAGUAUUUCCUGAGUAGCUGAUUUAAAACAACAGCAACAAAGUAAUGGGAAAUAUGGCCCUUCUCACAAGUGGAACAACGCACUUCGUGUGAGUGCGAGGGACCUGACAUUUCCAUCUCUUUGUAGGCUUGAAAUGGCAAUGAUGUUUUACAAAUUAUAUUCAUGUGUCUCUGUUGAGGCAGGAUGGGAAUGAAAGAACAGUCAGAAGACUAGAUAAAGUGAGUUCCAACUGAUUUAUUUCAUCACUGUUUUAUAGAGAGCAUUGUGCAGACUAAUUUCAUUGGUCUUAAAGUAAAAACAUCUCACACCAUUGGUGCUCAGUGAAUGUUGCAUGGUGGCAGAACAUAUCUAUAAACAAUGUGAACCAGAGAGAUAGAGAAUUAUUUACAUUCCUUUGCAAGUCUUUCCCAGGCCCAGCCUGGCAGAAACCUCUCUUUUUCUCUCUGACUGAAUUGAGAAUACCCAUAAUGCAUGGACAUACUUAUUCUAAACCCAAGGAAGGAUGUACAGUCUACAUAUGCAGUCCUUAUUUUCAAUUUGAUUAGAAACCAUACUUGCCUUAAGGAAUGAGUGUUGUUUGUAAGAAUUAUUCUGUAUUAGAAUACACGUAGCUUUUCAAAUCUGCUUUCUCUUUCUGAUGUUGGGACAGCAGAGGCCUUAUUUGUAUCUGCUUAUCAGCAUACAAGUGAUUCACACCUGAGCAACUCAUUCAUAAGGUAGCAUUGGGAGCCUCUUGGAAUCUCUGCAGGAGAUGAUUUGCUGGCAGGAAUGUUUGCAGGCACGGGACAGGAGGCGGCUGGUGGUGCAGCCGUGGCUGCCCGUGUGCUGUGUCAACAAUGGAGCAGAUCAUCACAGUUGCUUCUGGUACCUGCUGGCCUGAGGGGGAGCUGGGUGGGAUUCAGCUCUGCCUCGUGCUGUGCCUGAAGGAGUAUCUAGAGCCUGGUGUUGUCAGUGGUGGUGCAGUCAGGAAUGUCAGCAGAGCUUAGGUAUGGCGUCAUUGACCAAAGGGAAGAGUCUUUCAGGAUGAGCUGGAUCACUCUUGGCUCUACUGGCUGCAGUGGAAAACUAAACCUCAGUGUGGAGGCACAUGGUGAGGUGGGGCUGGGUACCUCUGCUUCAUGUCUUGUAAUAGGUAGAAAUGGUUUUGAAAGCCACACUACAUCUCCAUUCUGACAGUAAAAGUUAGGAGCAUGGAUGCCUUCAAAUUAUAAACUACUGCUCCUGGUUGUUAAUGCAGUAUAUACAUUAGACAAUACCUGAUUUUUGUCUUUGAUUACUUAGAUAGAUAUGAACAUUUUUACAAUGAGAUAUGGCUCUUUAGAUAGCUUUAGUGGUUUUUAGAGGGCAGAAAUUCAUAUAUUAUUAGAAAAUGUUUUUGUAUGAAAGCGAUAUAUUGUUGGGAGGUAUCCAUGUUUAUAUAUAGAUGUCCUUACCAAAGCAUUGCCUUUUCCAAAAUAAUCAUAACUGGUGAGCUGGAUUUCUUACUGAUGGUUAUUGAUACUUUUAAAAUAUGUUGCAAUAGCAUAUCAGCACAGGAGAUGUUCAGAUGUUACCUUGAAAUAGCUGCAAAAGAAAUUUGCUGUAAUUGUCAAUGUGGCAAUAAUGCAACAAUAAAGCAUGAAGUUUA